AUGGCGAACACGUUUCGCGGCGUGACGGUGUCGACCGUCAACAGCGAUGGCGUUCUGACGCCUCGAUUCAAUUUCCCGACGAACGUAAACGUGGACUACGACCCGCAAGGGCUGAGUGUGAAAGUGAUACGUGCUGAUCCUGUGCUCGCGCAGGAGGUGCUGGAGUUUCCUGUUCAUAGCCAGAGUGAGUGUUCCCGCGUGGCCGGACAGUCAUACAUAUUUACGAUAGACAAUGAAACGCUAUUUUUCAAACUGGCAUCCGACGCAGACUGCCAGAGUUUCCAUCUGCUCGUCAGCAAAGUCAAGGCGGGCAGGUCGUCCUCAGUUUUCACGGUCAGGACCGAAGACUCGUCGGCAAUGCAGUACUUCCAGUUUUAUGGUUACCUGAGUCAGCAACAGAACAUGAUGCAGGACUAUGUUAGAACGAGUACAUAUCAGCGCGCCAUAUUGUCUAAUGUGAACGAUUUCAAAAACAAAGUGGUCUUGGAUGUUGGGGCAGGCUCCGGGAUACUUUCAUUUUUCGCGGCCCAGGCAGGUGCUCGGAAGGUUUACGCAGUAGAAGCCAGCAACAUGGCGCACCACGCACAGGCCCUAGUCAGAGCGAACAGUUUACAUGAUCGUAUCACAGUCAUAGCGGGUAAAAUUGAAGAAAUUGAAUUACCAGAAAGUGUUGAUAUAAUUAUCUCUGAACCGAUGGGUUACAUGUUGUACAAUGAACGUAUGUUAGAGACAUAUUUACAUGCGAAGAAAUGGCUAAAACCGAAUGGUAAUAUGUACCCAACGAGAGGUGAUCUCCAUAUAGCACCAUUCACUGAUGAUGCAUUAUUCAUGGAACAAUAUAAUAAGGCUAAUUUUUGGUAUCAAGUGUGCUUCCACGGGGUAGACCUGAGUGCAUUACGCACAGCUGCUAUGAAAGAGUACUUUAGACAGCCUAUAGUUGACACAUUUGAUGUACGCAUAUGCAUGUCUCGGUCUGUUAGACACGUUGUUGACUUCUUAAAUGCUCAUGAAACUGACUUACAUCGUAUAGAGGUACCCUUUAGAUUUGAACUAACCCAGUCUGGUACUUGUCACGGAUUAGCUUUCUGGUUUGAUGUUUUAUUUGCUGGGGGAACACAGCACAUAUGGUUAUCGACUGCACCAACGGAACCUUUAACGCAUUGGUAUCAAGUGCGGUGUUUGCUUGAGACACCUAUAUUUGCUAAACAAGGUCAAGCUCUUACAGGUCGAGUGCUUUUGUUGGCAAACAAGCGCCAGAGCUAUGAUGUGACAAUGGAAGUGAACUUAGAAGGUACAAAUAUAUCUUCAUCAAACACAUUGGAUUUGAAGAAUCCUUACUUUAGGUACACAGGUGCUCCAGCAGCACCUCCGCCCGGAGUCAAUAGCACAUCCCCAAGUGAAAACUACUGGAACUCUAUUGACACAACAACAUCUAUCAGCAACGGUCAGGUUAUCCUAACAGAUGGCACCCAACAAUACUGUUCGACUCCAGAUCAAACUCUUUCAUAUGGAGCCCAUCCGAAUAUGAUCAAAACAGUGAUGCUUCAAGAAGAAUUCAUCAAGAGAAUCGGGAUCAGUCAGAACGGGGACAUAUAAUCCGCGAGGUUGCGCCGUGCGCGCCUUAGAGCUAUUAGAAACCGUCGUAAUCGGUUGUGAACAAUAAACAACUCAAUAGUGUGUAAGUGAACUAUUUAUUUCGACAUCACAGUGCUGAAAUCAUGACUGCGGAGCGUAUUUGAAGUGAAAACUGCAAUCGGUGGUCCCUAUGUAGAUGUUUGAAUGCAUAAGAAAUGAACAAAGUCGGACAGAAUUACAAGAAAAAUUUGGAGGACUGUGGAUACAUUUUUAAUACUUUUUUCUAAAUACUUUUCUUUUACUAUACUAGUAAUUAAUCACAAAAUUUUCGGGCAUGAUACAAAAAACGUUAUUUUGUAAUUUCAGUACCGUACAUAGGGUCCAUUGGAAUUUUAACUUGCAUUGUAAUUUUUUAGUAGUUUUGUUACAUUUUAAUAAACAUUUAGAAUUGAUAGAAGAGCUUUGAAACUUUUUAAUUCGAGCUCUGGAAUUUAAGGAAAUGUGCAUGUAAUAUUAAGACAUUGUUGCAUCAAACUUAGCACGUGAACAGACAAAUGUAUUUCACUUAUUAAAAGGCUAAAAACACAUUUGCAUGUUCUAUUGGUCAUAUAUAUGUCCAUGGUAGUCUAUAAAGAAAUUGUUAAAUUAGUUAAUAAUAGUAACAUUUUCUGAAUGAAAAAAUGUUUUUUGUCUGAUCUUCUCAAUUGUAUAAAUAAAAUUCAACUAAAUAUUGAUGUACAACUCAAAAUCAAGAUAGUGUUGAAUGUAAUAAUAGGGUAUUUUGGGUGUAUUGGCAACAUUCCCAAAAAUGAGAGGGGGCAAUGAAGUUCAUUUUUCACAUGAUGACACUUAAAAUAUGUUUACAUUUUUUUUAUUGAAACAUGUACCGUAAUUUAGCACCACAUGUAAAUGUCAAAAUGUCAAUUGAUAUGCAACUGGCACUCGGAGUCAACGGACACGUAAAUUGCUUUUUCAUCCAAACACUAAAAUGACCGGUGACCUUAUUCAUAAUAAGUUAUCACAGCUUUAUCAAUUUGCCAUAAGAAGUCUGUCAAUCAUGAGAUUUGUGUUUUUAUUGUGAAAGAAACUUUGUAAUAGUCUUCUUAUAUCAGAUUGGUUAAGCUCCAGUAAGAGAUUAUGAAUAAGUAACUUAAAUUAAAGUUGUUAUUCUAUUAUGCUCCGGAAGCGGAAAGAAUACCAUUGCUAUUUCGAUUUCGAGAUUGUUACUUUUACACUCUCUAUUUGAGGGUAACUAAUAAUGAGCAUCUGUGAGUACAAGCAAAAAACGAUAGGUUUUUGGAAGCUGUAUCACAAUGAUAUCACACGGUGUAUAACGAUAAGCAGACAUAAAAUAUUUUUUCAUAAGAAGACUGAACAAAAGUGAUAAACAAAAAUGUGUCCAAUACACAUUUUGGAUAUCAGAAUCGCAAGCAAUAAUCGAUGUAUAGUUAAUUUCUAAUCAUAAUUAUUAUCUAUACUAAUAAUACUUAUGUAAAUAAAUUAGAAACUUUCGUGACAAAACUACUCAAAAAGCAUAAUAUUAAGUACAAGAUUUAUAAUUCAUAUAUUUAGAUAAGAAUAAAUAGCUUUUUUUUUUUUCAGUCUGGAAAGAUAAGAAAUUAAUUAUUAUUAUAACUCAUGUUUACGUUUGUAUGUAAUCACUUUAAAUGAUUUGCAACUCCCAAUACCUUUGAAAGAUAAAAUAUAGUUGACAAUCAAUUUGCAAACGUCAUGUUGUCUACAGGUAUUUUAGCACUUACCUUCUGGUAAGGCAAGAUAUUUUGAAACUAUAUUCAGUAGGCUAUAUUCUGAAGUCGAUUCUUUAUCUGGAAUAUCGGAAGACCAACGAUUGUCGACAUUCGCGAAACUUCGAAUCCAUCCACGUUUUAUUUUAAAGCGUUCUGGUACUUUAGGCUACUCCUCCUUCCGUCGAUAAUCCCCAGUGGUCGUGGCCUCAUGAGGCUUUCUUGGGAGAAUAGACAUGGUGGGGUCCCGCAUCUUUCCACGGCAGUGCUUUUGGAAGAGCUUUAGUUCUUCGAGGCCGUUGAAGCCUUAUUUGGGUCCGGCUAAUUAACCGCCGGCCGACAUUCGGCGUUCUCUUCUACGGUGGAAAGGCCGAACUUCAACUCAACCCUCCUCUUCGGGCCUUUGGGACCGGCAUUGGCAGAGUUAAACAGCGAAUAGCUAAUAAAAAUUCUAUUUCAGAAACGAAUUUCUAAACUGGGGAAAAUGUUUAUAGGAUUGCCAUGUGCUGGAUUUAUUUUUUUAUUGAUUGACUAACAAAAUGUAGUAGUACAUUUUAACGUUGUAUAUUAGUUUUAUCUUUAAAGGUAUUGUGAUCGGCGAGUCAGUUUCGGUAUUAGAUUGAUUCCAAUUGUAUUUAACACAAAAAUGAAGGUAGCCACUAAUUGAAGAAGAAUCAUGGUUGGCUAUCUAUCUACAUUUUGUUCGCUUUGUAAUUAUAAUGAAGCUUUAUAAAUCUUUUACCUUAUAUUGUGCGAAAUUACUCUAGGGGAAUAAACUUAGUGUAAGAUAAAAGUGCUGAAUUUACAAUAGUGAUUAUCGCUUCAUUAUCGAAUGAAUACUCACGAAAAUACAGACUUGAUGAUUUACACCGACGUACCGUUUAGAUCAGACCGAUCGUCUCGUGGUAUUUAGGAGAAAAAUACUUUAGCCCUCCCAAAGGGACGUGAACGUGAAUCUAUUAAUGAUUUCGUCUUUAAUGACUUUUUUUUUUUCAAUCUUCAAAUCAUAAGUGUUUUGAUCUCAAAAUAACUUUGAAUAAAAUUUCUUUGACAAAAGUA